AUGCCCGCAACCGCCUAUGGCAACUUCCACGACCUCUGUCGCGACACUGGCAAUCUUGGGUCUACCUUACCAGUAUGUAAUCUCUUCGACCAAGCUUCCACGCGAUUCGGAACGGGCUGGAAAGGCUGUAAUCUGACCGGCAUACCGCUGAAUGGCCACAAUCACCUCACCAACCUAGGCUCGAUACUUCUUUGUGGCAUUGCAAUUGUCGCCUCCAUGUUCUUGAUAUGGAGAUCAGAACGAAAGAAGGCAGCAGUUGGUCGAAGGGAGAUGCAACUUUUUCUCGUUGGCUUCAUCAUCAUAGAAAUCUGUGAAAUCUUCACAGUCGGUGGAUUCCCGCUCAACAGUGUUGUGCGACGGGCUUUCACGGCGGUUCAUAUCGCUGCCAUUAUUGCGACACUCUGGAUUCUAAUGCUGAACGGUAUCGUUGGCUACCAGCUUCUUGACGACGGCACCCCGGUGUCAAUUGGACUGAUGAUGGUUUCUGCUGCUUUGAUCUUCAUUGGGACCGGGUACAUCGCCCUCGACACAGGUUUCAGCUGGACUAAUUACUGGGAUGACACAUUAUCGGGGAACAAUCGCGCGUAUGCACUCUACACCCUCUAUCAGCUUGCGCCCUUGGUGUUCCUUGUCGUAUUCUUCCUCCUCGAGGCCUUCUUGGUGCUCAGAAUUCUAGGAGAGAGAAAACCUAUGGUGUAUCUCAUUAGCGCGGCUCUGCUGUUUGCCCUUGGACAGAUUUUCCAGUACGUGAUCAGCGUCCACAUUUGCAACGGUACAAAUGGAAAGAUUAAUGGAGGCCUGUUUGAAACCCUAUUUACCUUAUGCGCUGUUGUCACAAUUUGGGUAUUCUGGUCGAGCAUCACGGAAGACGACUGGCCAAUGCCAACGGUGGCAGGUUCAGGAGCGUAUCAGUAA